GAUUAAACGUAAACAUAACCGCUAACGUUGCAGAUGUUUGACACUUGAAUUCUUGUGCUAGUAAAAUGAGCAAUACCUCCUCGAAGUGGAAAUGGUUAUGUCACCUCCAAAAAUAAACACUUUCACACCAUUCACAAACCAUUUUUAAAAACACUGUCCCGUUUCCGAUGAUUUCAUCUGCCCACAUAAAAGCGCGAACAAAAUGAGCGUUUUCUUGAGGUUAAGACAUGAAGAAUAUAGGUUAUGUCAUUUCUUUUUGUCCAAAAAUUCGUACAACAGACGGAUAAUUUAUCAGCUAGGUGAUAAGAAUGUUCUGUUACGAUCGCAACGAAGAAAUUUCUCUUUGCAGUCGACUAUAGAUUCAUUUGCAAAAACUCAAACUGGAAUUUUCAAGACACUGUCGGAAAGUACUCCAGUUGAGUACUGCCAAAAAUUUUUGCUAAACGUUCACGAUGUAACAGGACUACCAUGGUGGGCUACAAUAAUAUGUACCACAAUGAUGUUGCGUUCUUGCAUAACGGUGCCGUUUGCAAUUUAUCAAAAUUAUAUUUUAGCAAAACUGGAGUACGUCAAGAUUGAGAUGGAUGAUAUUGCCAAAGAAUUAAAAAAGGAAACGGCGGUUGCCGUUAAAAUGUAUAAUUGGGAUGAAAAAACUGCAAGAAUUAGUUUUAAAAGAUCUAUCAGGAAACAGUGGACUAAUUUAAUUGCAAGAGAAAACUGCCAUCCAUUUAAAACAACACUACUGGUAUUUUUCCAAUUACCUUUAUGGGUGUCACUUUCAAUUAGCUUAAGAAAUUUAGUGUAUAUGUUGCCAAAUCAAGAUUUUCAUGCUCAGUUGACUUUUACCGAGUUGAGUGUUGGUGGAUUUGGCUGGAUACCUAAUUUAGUAGAAGUUGAUUCUUCAUUAAUUUUGCCAGUUUGUUUCGGUUUACUGAACUUAGGCAUUAUAGAACUGCAAACUUUGUCUAAAGUGAAUGUACCAACAAAACUCCAAAAAUUCUUAACCAAUUUUUUUAGAGGACUUAGUAUCUUGAUGAUUCCCAUUGCUUCAGUCGUACCAUCUUGUGUCGUUUUAUACUGGACUACAUCAAGUGCUUUUGGAUUCGUUCAGAAUUUAAUUUUGGUGUCACCUAAAAUUAGGCGACUAUGUAAAAUUCCACAGACCCCUAGUGAACUGGAACAACCAUACAAACAUAUAAUAACGGGCAUCAAGUACAGAUUCAAAUAUUUUUCAGACAAAAACAGUUAAUAAAUAAUUGAAACCAAAUAA